GUUCUUAUCAUAUAAUAUAUGAAUACACAGUAAUUUGUAACAGAUAAGUAAAAACAUUCAGAGAAAUCGGAACUAUGUGUUUGUGGGUUAGGCUUUAUGUUGGAAUACUUUUAUUGCAAAGAGUGCUGUCUAAGUCGAUAAGCAAUGGAACCACAAUUGAAAAUAGAACGGAUACAUUGGAAAAGUCAUUCGAAUCAUUAUUGUUACGGAUAAACAGUAUAAGUGAUAUAUUGACUGGUCUCCAAACUAAUGUCCAAACGGAGGAUAAACGUCCGCUUUUUUAUGUUGAGCUUAGUGAAGAUAUACAUCUUAAUGCCAACUCUAUUUUAAAAUUCGACACACAAGUAAUAGAUGAAAGAAAUAACUUCAAUACAGGAGAUGGUAUAUUUGUGGUGCCAAUAUCAGGAGUUUAUUUAUUUUCAUGGACCAUUCAGACACAAUUUAAGCAACAUGUACAAACAGAACUGCGAGUCGACAACAUCGUUAAAGGAAAACAGUUAAUGUCUUUAGGAGCUGGGGUUGGUUAUUUUGGAACAACAAGAAAUGUUCUUUGCACAGUCAAUAAGGGGGAUCAUGUUUGGAUACAAACAGACAACCAUUAUACAGAUCACUAUUUCGAUGAUAUCAACGGCGGUGUCAGAAGUUCUUUCAUGGGAAUGUUUAUCCAAUAAAUCUGAACAUUUUGAAAUU